AUGAAGGGAAUUGCAUUGCGAAGCCAGAGGGCAUCGAAGCCUGAAGCGCUUAUUUGCCAAUUAUGCCAGUUGUCUGCGUCGCCAGCCGCCCGUUAUCGCCCUCAGCCCGCCCGCUUGUAUGCGUCGGCAAUCAAGGCAACCCGCAGGCCUCAAAUCGGACAAUGUCUCACAAAGAAGGCCCUGGAAGCCCCUUCAAGACAGCUACUGCCGCUACGAAGGCAUGCAUCGACUGAGGCUGAGUCGACACAUUUGCCCGACCUCAAUACAACUCUCCGUGAGGUCCAGGCCGGCUCCGCAGAGCUUCGAAAUUCGCAAACCGUUCCCUCAAACAGUGCAGUUGUAGAACUCCUACAGAAGUGCCUCGAUAUCGCAGAAACAAUUGUGCAGCCGAACCGAUCCUCUACGAAUACGGACAACGAAAUUUCAUCUCUGCUCCACCUAGAAGAAAAGAAUGGCAAAAAGGCAUCACAACCAACGCGCAGCGCGCAAAUAUCCCACCCUGCAGCUGACACAAUCUGCCGCAUUGUCCACGACCUCCUAACGGACGAAAAAGUCUUCAUAUCCCCAGAAGCAUUAAACUCCUAUGUCAAAAUCCACACGCUGCUUAAGCGACCGCAGCAGGUUCCGGAGAUCUUCCACCUCUACGCCAACAAACCAAUCCCCGAGGAGAACAGCUCACCUAUUAAAUACCUCCGUCCCAACCCGAAAAACAUCAACAGUGCUAUCCCAGUCGACCUCGCCAACAUGGCCAUCGAUGUCGCAAUUGAGCAGCGAGACCUCGGUCUCGUCCUCGCAAUAAUUGAUAACUCUUUCUGCACCCCCGCGUUCCACCGAGCCAAGUUUUUCAAACGGGCUGCCGCUCCCCUUGGUGUUCUCGCAACAACUCCUCUCGGAUGCUACGUCGCGGCAUCCUGGGCCGCCAGUUUCCAGAAUACAAUGGAGCCGACCACGGCUACGGCCAUUGCAUUUGCUGCCACUCUUGCUUAUGUCGGCGGGACUUCAUCCGUUGGAGUCUUGGCUAUUAUUACAGCGAACGACCACAUGGAGCGUGUUGUUUGGAUGCCGGGUAUUCCAUUGCGACAGCGCUGGCUGCGGGAAGAAGAGCGAGCGGCUUUGGAUAAGGUUUCGAUUGCCUGGGGUUUCAAGGAUGUUUAUAUGCGGGGAGAGGAAGAAGGCGAGGAAUGGGAUACUCUACGGGAGUUUAUCGGAAUGAGGGGGAUGAUCCUCGAUAAGACGGACUUGAUGGAGGGCAUGCAAUAA